AUGGAGGCGAUGAGAAGCACACUUCUACGCCCCAAGACAAUACGUAUCGCCAUAGCAUCGCUGUUCACAAUCGUCGUCGUGUUUCUGCUUGCACCCACUCAAACUCGGAGUCCAUACAAGCCAGACUCAUGGACAGGAGAGUCCACCAUUGGGGUCCCUGGGCAUAUAGACAGUAGUAGUGUUCCUCAACCAAAAGUCCACAUCCUGCUGCUCGCCACCAAAGGAAAUGUCAAACUAUGCAAGACACUUCUAACAUUGGCCAUCCUGGGAUAUCCAACUCCUCGAAUAAUCUCAUGGGGUGGGACGGAUAGCACCGAUGCUAUGUUAGGCGGUGGCUCUCACUUUGGCAAAAUCACCAAGACGAUCGAAUACAUUGACAAAUAUCUCAGUGAGCCAGGUUCCCAGGAUGAUCUUAUUCUCAUGUUAGAUGCGUUCGACAUUUGGUUGCAAUUACCGCUCGAGGUACUCCUCACGCGCUACAAAGCCAUACUGGAAGAGGACGAUGCUCGAAUCGCACAUCGAAUGGGCCGUGCCUUUGCACUUGAGGAGAUAAAGUCUGGAAUUGUAUUUGGAGCAGGCAAACGAUGCGGUCCCAAUUCCCUCCACACAGUAGCAUGCUACCCUGUACCCGAAUCUCCUUUGCCAAAAGACCUAUACGGAAUCACUACAGACACCCCGAUAGGUCAUACCGAUUGGAGUAGUUUUCGAACUCGAUAUCUCAAUGCAGGCACCACCAUCGGACCCGUCAAAAUGUUACGCCCUGUCCUAGAGCGAGCUCACCAGAAACUUCUUGAAUGCAGGGGCCGCCAAAAUGCGGAUUUCGACGCUGGGACUGGUGUUUCAGAUUUCUGUUAUCAUGGCAGUGAUCAAAGCAUAUGGAUGGAGAUUUUCGGCGAGCAAGAAUUCCAACGAGAAGUCAUGCGUCGUCAUCACAGAUCCAAUUUCGACACAUUCGCUGAGAAGUUCAAUCCUCACAGAGCUGGAUCACAACCGCCGUCCACUCAAGUGUACGGUGUACCAAUCCUCGAUUAUUUAGAACCUGGAUUCUACCAUCAGCCCGGCGAGAAGAAGUAUCGACCUGCAAAACCGGAUGAAUUUGGGAUUUCGCUUGAUUACUGGUCGGGGAUCAGCCAUCAGACUUCGAAUACAUACUGGGAUGCCAAUUACAUUCGUAAAGAUCAGCUCUUGGAAGAUCAAAUUGGGAAGCGGAAUGGCUUUGAUUGUCAAGCGAAACCCCCAAAUUGGAGGGAGUUGUCCGAUGACCUACUCUCUACAUUUCUACCGGGAGAGCGCGAUCAGUGGAAUUCAAUGCCUUUUUACACGGAGUACUGCGUGGGUCGGAUUCCUCCCAUUAUUCACCAUAAUUCUUUCGACAAGACUCAGAUUGAUCUACAGUGGAACAGGACAUGGUGGCAUGGUCAUUCUCGCGCACUUUUAGAGCAGAAGAGAAGUGCCGGUUUACCAAUGUUGGUCGAUGGAAUACCCACUGAUGCCAAAAACACGACUUUGCAAUGGGAAGAGCUUUGCCCGGCGGAAUACGACGCGGCACUGUUUUGA